GAAGGGGCCGCCACCAUGGAGUUCCGUAAGGAGGAAUUUCGGAAGCUGGCAGGUCGCACCCUCGGGAGGCUGCACCGCUUUUUAGAGAAGCGGCAGGAAGGAGCUGAGACACUGGAACUGAGCGCUGACGGGCGCCCGGUGACCACACAAACACGGGAUCCUCCGGUCUUGGACUGCACCUGCUUCGGCCUUCCUCGCCGUUACAUCAUCGCCAUCAUGAGCGGGCUAGGCUUCUGCAUCAGCUUUGGCAUCCGCUGCAACCUGGGCGUGGCCAUCGUCUCUAUGGUCAACAACAGCACCACCCACCGCGGGGGCCACGUGGUGGUGCAGAAAGCCCAGUUCAACUGGGAUCCAGAGACAGUCGGCCUCAUACACGGCUCCUUUUUCUGGGGCUACAUUGUCACCCAGAUUCCUGGAGGGUUUAUCUGCCAAAAAUUCGCAGCCAACAGGGUUUUUGGCUUUGCUAUUGUGGCGACAUCCACGCUAAACAUGCUGAUCCCAUCGGCUGCACGCGUCCACUACGGCUGCGUCAUCUUCGUGAGGAUCCUGCAGGGGUUGGUAGAGGGGGUCACAUACCCUGCCUGCCAUGGGAUCUGGAGCAAAUGGGCCCCACCCUUAGAAAGGAGUCGCCUAGCCACGACGGCCUUUUGCGGUUCCUACGCUGGGGCGGUGGUCGCGAUGCCCCUCGCCGGAGUCCUGGUGCAAUAUUCAGGAUGGAGCUCCGUGUUCUAUGUCUACGGCAGCUUCGGAAUCUUCUGGUACCUUUUCUGGCUGCUGGUCUCCUAUGAGUCUCCCGCGGUGCACCCCAGCAUUUCAGAAGAGGAGCGCAAAUACAUCGAGGACGCCAUCGGCGAGAGCGCCAAACUCAUGAACCCCGUCACGAAGUUUAACACUCCCUGGCGGCGCUUCUUCACGUCCAUGCCAGUCUACGCCAUCAUUGUGGCCAACUUCUGCCGCAGUUGGACUUUCUACCUGCUACUUAUCUCCCAGCCCGCCUACUUCGAAGAGGUGUUUGGCUUCGAGAUCAGCAAGGUGGGCUUGGUGUCAGCGCUGCCCCAUCUGGUCAUGACCAUCAUCGUGCCCAUCGGUGGCCAGAUCGCUGACUUCUUGAGGAGCCGCCGGAUAAUGUCCACCACCAACGUGCGCAAAUUGAUGAACUGCGGGGGCUUUGGCAUGGAAGCCACUCUGCUGCUGGUGGUCGGAUACUCUCACUCCAAGGGCGUGGCCAUCUCCUUCUUGGUCCUCGCUGUGGGCUUCAGCGGCUUUGCGAUCUCAGGGUUCAACGUGAACCACCUGGACAUCGCCCCACGCUAUGCCAGCAUCCUCAUGGGCAUCUCUAAUGGUGUGGGCACGUUGUCAGGCAUGGUGUGCCCCAUCAUCGUGGGUGCCAUGACGAAGCACAAGACUCGUGAGGAGUGGCAGUAUGUGUUCCUAAUCGCCUCCCUGGUGCACUAUGGGGGUGUCAUCUUCUACGGGGUCUUUGCUUCUGGAGAGAAACAGCCGUGGGCGGAGCCUGAGGAGAUGAGCGAAGAGAAGUGUGGCUUCGUGGGCCACGACCAGCUGGCUGGCAGUGAUGAUAGUGAAAUGGAGGAUGAAGCUGAGCCCCCUGGAGCCCCCCCAGCUCCCCCUCCCUCCUAUGGCGCCACACACAGCACAGUUCAGCCCCCGAGGCCCCCACCCCCUGUCCGGAACUACUGACCAUGUGCCUCCCACCGAAUAGCAGUUUCCAGGACCUCCACUCCACACAUCUCUGGCCUGAACUACAGUGUCUAGGGGCCCCACUCCACUUUGUCUUGCCUCAGGCCUAAGAAGCACUUUCCCGUGUUCCCAGUGCUGUCAAACUGCUUUUCUUCCCCAAUGCCUCUCAGGGGUAGUGAAGCUGCACACUGGCAGUUUCAAGGCUCCCCAUGUUUUCCUAAAGGCAUCCUAAUAAGUUUUCGGGUCUUCUUCCCUACUCAUCUGCCUCAGUGGUUCCAUUUCUCUCCUUUCAGGGCUUUCGAAUGGACAGUCAAACCUCUUACUCUCUUUUGUGGUUUUAAAGGCACUCCUUGUUUCUAUGAACCCUGGGAACUGUAGUCCCCAUGAAGUUACUCAGCCCCUCCUCUCUCCUUUCAGAACAAUUCAAGGUCCUUUCUCUAGAAAUUUCCAAGCUCUCCAUUUCAAUUCUGCAUUUUCCAUGUUGGUUUAGCCCAUCCCUCAUCCCCGCCAUUCCAGGGAUUGAUCCUCACCAGCGUUUCUGAAGGAAAAUGGCGGUUUCAAGGGUUUCAAGUUCCCCCUUGCACAUCCUCUCCCCUCAUCUGAUUCUAAACUCUCUCUUUUGCUGAAGCACCAAAUUCCCUAAGACAUUUUCUCUAGCUUAGCACAGUGUCUAGGGGAACA